AGAAGAAUAGUAUAGGCAGGCCUUUUUGACCCAGAAAGCAUUAAAGGAGACGAAGCAAAAGUCUAGCUUUACUUCUUCUCUUUAGGCAUUGUUGUUAAUUGUAUUCAUAAUUUACAAUAUAAAGUUGAAGUAGAGAACCUAAUCUGGGUCUGGGUUCAGGCUGUCUGUAAGAAAGGAAAGAAGGUUCUUUUUGUUUUGGGUUCUAAGAAGAAAAAUAUUUCCAUGUGCAGCGGUUCCAAAAGGAAACCAACGCAGACUUGUUUCGUCAUGGAUACUGAUUCUCACAAACAAGAUGGUUUCUUUUAUAAUUUCUCAGUUUUGCUUGAAUUGGCGGCCUCUGAUGAUUUACUUGGCUUUAAAUAUGCUAUUGAAGAACGGGUUCAUGAUAUUGAUGAGCCUGGCUCGUGGUAUGGUAGGAGAAUUGGUUCCAGAAAGAUGGGUUUUGAAGAAAGAACACCCCUCAUGAUAGCUGCCAUGUAUGGAAGCAAAGAUGUGCUUCAUUAUAUUAUUGAGACUGGCCGUAUUGACGUUAACAGGGCUUGUGGUUCUGAUGGGGCCACAGCGUUACACUGUGCAGCCUCUGGUGGUGCUGCUAAUUCCCCUGAGAUUGUCAAGCUCUUGCUAGAUGCUUCUGCUGAUAUGAACUCUGUCGAUGCUAAUGGAAACAGGCCUGUUGACUUGAUUGUCAAAGGUUGUCUUUUGGGUUUCCAUUCAAGGAAGAAGGUAUUGGAGUCUCUGUUGAAAGGCGAUGGUGCUGUGGUAGAAAUAGAUGGUUUGUGUGAUGGAGUGGUUAAUAAAACGGGGUUACAAGGGCAGCCUUUGACACCUCGAAUAUCUAAAGAUGGAGCUGAGAAGAAAGAAUAUCCUAUUGAUCUCACACUUCCAGAUAUCAAGAAUGGGAUAUAUGGGACAGAUGAGUUUAGGAUGUAUACUUUCAAGGUCAAGCCUUGCUCAAGGGCCUACUCACAUGACUGGACAGAGUGCCCGUUUGUUCAUCCUGGGGAGAACGCAAGGCGCCGUGAUCCAAGGAAAUAUCAUUAUAGCUGUGUUCCAUGCCCUGAGUUCCGAAAGGGUUCAUGCAGGCAGGGGGACGCAUGUGAGUAUGCACAUGGUAUUUUUGAGUGCUGGCUUCAUCCAGCCCAGUAUCGGACCCGUCUGUGUAAGGAUGAGAUUAAUUGCAACAGGAGGGUAUGCUUCUUUGCUCACAAACCUGAAGAGCUUCGGCCUUUAUAUGCCUCAACAGGUUCAGCAGUGCCUUCUCCUAGAUCAUUCUCAGCCAAUGUUUCUUCCCUGGACAUGGUGUCUAUCAGCCCAUUUUCCCUUGGUUCACCAUCGGUUGUGAUGCCACCAACAUCUACACCACCCUUGACACCUUCUGGGGAUCCUUCUCUAAUGGGUGGAUCAAUCUGGCCUACCCAGCCAACCGUACCUACACUGCAACUUCCUGGUAGCAGGCUGAAAUCUGCAGUUCAUGCUAGACAUGUGGAUUUUGACGUGGAGUUGCUUGGUCUAGAGAAUCAUCGACGUCGACAGCAACAGUUGUUUGACGAGAUCUCUGGUCUCUCAUCACCAUCCAGCUGGACCAGUGCCAUGUCUGCUGCAUCACCCUUUUCUUCUUCCAGUGAUCAAACUGGAGAAUUAAAUAGGCUCAGCGGAGUGAAACCAACUAACCUUGAUGACAUUUUUGGAUCUCUUGAUCCUACAAUUUUGCCUCAAUUACAGGGAUUCUCAUGGGAUACUCAAGCAACCAAACUGCAGUCACCUACUGGCAUCCAGAUGCAACAGAGCAUUAACCAGCAGCCGCAAUCUAGCUAUCAUUCCACUCUCUCUUCCUCUCCUGCGAGGUCAUCUCAGUCCUUUGGGAUUGAUUUCGCUGGGGCCACUGCAGCUGCAGUUUUGAGUUCAAGGUCAGCUGCCUUUGCAAAGCGAAGCCAGAGCUUCAUUGAGCGGACUGCUGUGAAUCGUCAUUCUGGGUUUUCUUCACAAGCCACCACCACCUCUGUGAUGCCUUCUAGCCUGACAGAGUGGGGUUCCCCUGGUGGUAAGCUGGACUGGGGUGUCCUGGGAAAAGAGUUGAACAAGCUGCAAAAAUCUUCUUCUUUUGGAUUUAGAAAUGGAGGCAGCAGUUCGGGCACACCUGCAGCCUCAGUGCCAGCAACUGCUGAUGAGCCUGAUGUGUCUUGGGUUCAGUCCCUGGUGAAGGAUCCACCUUCUGUGAAAUCUGGUGAACUUGGCUUUGAGGAUCACCAGCAGCAGUGUCAUUUGGACACUGGAGGCUCAGAGAUGCUUCCCGCAUGGUUGGAGCUACUGUAUAUGGAACAGGAGCAGAUGGUGGCUUAGUACUGAUGAGCCCUGAUAUUGGUUUUCUAAAGUUAAUUAGUUCUUUAUUUGCCCAUUUUUUGAAUUUUUAUUAAUAUUCAUCAUCUGUUAGUGGAUGGAGAUGGGUUUUGGAGAGGGACAAAAUAUACACCAAGGAAGGUCAUUAGGAUCUAAAGCUUCGGCACUUACAAUACUUAGGUUCUGAAGAAUAAAUAGUUAACUUUUCCCUUAUAUUUGGUUCUCUCUUUAGCUGUUCUCACAUUAAUCCCAAGUGGAAGAAGUCGGAAUCACACUCUCCUGCUUAUGAGAGUAGUUAAUCAGAUUUAGUUUAAACUGUCUGUAUUCAAUUAUUUCAAUUUGCAGAUGGAAUAUGAAAAGCCUUACUGAUUUAUUGGUUUAUUUUUGAAUAUGUAUCUACCUCAAGUUGUAAAUUUAUGGACGUACCUAAUAAAUAUAUAGCAUGGUAUUGAGUAUUA